AACGUCUUCAGAGCAUUGAAAUUCAUUUGUUAUGCGAUUCACAAGCCAAAACAAAUCGAAACUCGUUUUUAGCCCACGGCUGUGCAAGAGUCACUUAUUUGGAGACCGUUUUCGAGCUGAGCGAGCAGUCGCGAGGCACCUGAAAGCAGAGGCACUUCGCUCGGUGUUGAGGAUUUCGUACGGCCCACAGUUGAAAGUUUUGGCAAAUGUGCGGGCUGGUCGGGCGGCAUGUUUCGGAAUGUGCUGUGUCUGGCGCUGGGCCUGAUUGUGGGCGUGCAGCUGACCGAGCUGUGGGACUACAUGACGCUUACGGGUGAGGAGUAUGAGAGCACGGCCAUUGCGGCCGACACAGCCGCGUCUCUCACCAGGCCGUCGCUGGCGGAUUGGCUGUUUCAUGAGACGCGCGUGCUCUGCCUGGUGCUGACCAUGCCAGCUCACCACAAGACCAAGGCGGCAAAGGUUCGCUCCACCUGGGGCUCGCGCUGCAACAAGCUGAUCUUUAUGAGCAGCGAAGACGACGACGCGCUGGGCGCCGUGAAUCUGAAUGUGUCGGAGAGCCGUGACAACCUGUACAGCAAGGUGCGGGCGGGGUUCGCCUAUGCCUACGAGCAUUACGUGGAGGAUUAUGACUGGUUUCUCAAGGCGGACGACGACACCUAUGUGAUAAUGGAGAAUCUGAGAAUGUUCCUCUACCCGUUCGACCCGGAGGCGGCUGUCUUCUUUGGCCAUCGGUUUCGCACUUCAUAUCCGCACGGCUACAUGUCCGGCGGUGCUGGCUAUGUGCUCAGUCGCGAUGCACUGCGUCGCUUGAACCUCUUCGCGCUGAACAAUACAAAAUUCUGUCCGCUGAAUACCUAUUCAGAGGACAGACAGAUUGGUUACUGCUUGCUAAAUGUGGGCGUAACCGCCGGAGACUCCAGGGAUGAGCACGGCCGCGAGAGAUUCCUGCCCCUUCAUCCCAGACACUUGAUGCCGAGCAUACAAAACGGCACUUGGCUGACGACCUACUCCUACUUCACGCCGAAUAUGAGCGAUUGCUGUUCCGAGACGGCCAUUAGUUUCCACUACACCAAAAUGCAUGAUUAUGAUAGGUAUGAGUUCUUCUUGUACCACCUCCGGGCCUUGGGGCUCCCAGAGAAGCCGACUGUGCUGCCAACGAAACUAACCUAUGAGCAGAUGGAGCAAAAGCUCGACUUCUGGAAUCAGCAAGAAACGGACCAAACUGUGCCACUUAGUUGAUAGCUCAGCUUGAAUAUUUCCAAGUAUCAAUUGCAAGAAUUACGUCUCGUUGUUGAGCUAGGAAUUCGAGUAAUUAGUUGUGCGAUUAAUUAAUUCCAUGUAUGUAUCAUAUUCUGUGCUGACUGUUAAUGGUGCAAACAGACAUGUAAGACCGACUGCUUAAUACUCGUCCAAGCUUUAAACAUGAUUCAAUUUAAAUUUAAAGUCGACAUUGAAAGUUUUCCGAUGGGGCACGCCCCAAGUCAUAUUAUUUAUACAUAGCUCGAUCUGUAGGAGCUGAAUCAACUUGUGGAUUUUUGGCUUAAAAGUGCGCAAUUAUGUAUGAUUCUCUGUAAUACACAAUAUUUUAUAUACCAAUAAGGGAUAUGCAGUUAACUAACUGUUACACUUUAGGUCUAUGAAGCUAUCAUACCCAUUUCAUAUCCUAAACGGGUAUAAAAACUUGGUUUAAUCAAGGUU